AUGAACCGCAUCGGGGCUCCGCGGACCACCGAACUCGUCGAUAGCGCUGAUUUUGGGGAAUGUGCAAGGUCUCACCAGGGAGAAGUAGCAGCUAGUUCAAAAUGGCGCCCCGUGGCACGAUUUUUCUCACAGGCGCCAAUGGAGUUCUAUGGAGUCUAUACUGCUCGUGAGGUUUCAACAGCCAGCAAACUUCAGGGGGCCCUUGCGGGGGCGUCGAGCGAACAUCAGCAUGACAAGUAUUCUCUGGACCUUUCCAGGCUCGCUAACGUCCGAUCGAUUGCGAGGACCAUCAACAAGAGAGUGGCUGAGGGCUCUCUGCCUCCAAUUCGCGCAUUGAUUCUCAACGCCGGUUAUCAAGAGUAUACUGAACAAUAUUUCUCGGAGAAUGGCCUUGACAUGUCAUUCCAAUGCAAUUACCUUUCACACUGGCUGUUGACUCUUAUGCUUCUCCAGAGCUUGGACAAAGCGCACGGAAGAAUCAUCGUGCUUGGAAGCUCAACACAUGAUCCAAACCAUCCCGCCAAUGAUUCUAUAGGUAUGUUUAAGGAUAAGGAAUGGAAGAUACUCUUUCACGAUACCCACAGCCUGGCCAAAGGAACCUGGAGUUCAGCGCGAGAAUAUUCUUCCUCCAAAUCGGGGUUUCGACGAUAUGGCGCUGGGAAACUAUGCGAGAUCAUGAUGAUCUACGAGUUCCAACGACGGUUAGACCGAGACCCUGUCCUUGCGAACAUCUCUGUUCUGGGCAUUGAUCCAGGCGGUAUGCCGAGUGGACUCACCCGUCGCGGAUCGAAAGGCUUGGUUGUCGCCGCGACAGUCGUGUUGCCGGUCAUAGCCCCUCUAUUACAGUGGAGGAAUCCAAAUGGGGGGGUUCGGACAACCUCCAAGUCUGCGGGGGACGUUCUUCGGACCUGCUUCGACUCUAAGUCUCUGGGUGAGACGCCGAAGGCGCUCUAUCUGAACGGCACGGAGGUUACGCAGCCAAGUCUGGAAGCUAGAGAUACCGCGAAGCAGGGGAUGCUGUGGCGUGACAGUAUCACCUAUGCCAAUCUGCAGCAGGGAGAAACGUUACUGAGGGACUGGGCUUGA